AGUGUCGACGUGAGGUGAGCGGAGGCGAAGAAGUGGAACCUAAAAACAAAAAAUGACAACAACAACAAAAUAAAAAUAAUAGGCUACAGCCCAUGUAACGUCCUCUCUACAGCGGGGACGAACAGGCUUUCCUUCCACGUGCCAAUUUUUACGCAGCCCGUCAAUGAAGAAGAGGACUAUAGGUGCUUUUUAAAUUCAUAUUUUUUUCUUUUGGAUUCUGGAUUGUGACAAGUGCUAGGACAGAACAGGACAGGGGCGUCCAGAACCAGGAGUACAAUAGAGAAACUUCGGGGAGUGUUCGCCUAUAGCCUGCCUUUAAACGGUAGUGGAGAGGGGCUUCUCCCCACCCAUCCACCCACCUGACAGAUCAUUCGCGCCUGCUUUGUCCACAACCCCGGAGCCAAGACGUUGCUGCGCGGAGAGCCGCGUGGCCCCAGACCCAGCACCGGAGUCCGCGUGGGAAGGUCGGCCCUCGUUAUCCUCCAGACGGGCGGGAUGAUGGUCCACUGCGCGGGGUGCGACAGGCCCAUCCUGGACCGGUUCCUGCUCAACGUGUUGGACCGAGCCUGGCACGCCAAGUGCGUCCAAUGCUGCGAGUGCCACUGUAACCUGACGGAGAAGUGCUUCUCGCGUGAUGGGAAGCUUUAUUGUAAAAUAGACUUUUUCAGGAGGUUUGGGACGAAGUGCGCGGGCUGCCUCCAAGGCAUCUCUCCCAGCGAUCUUGUGCGCAAGGCGCGCAGCAAGGUGUUCCACCUCAACUGCUUCACGUGCAUGGUGUGCAACAAGCAGCUGUCCACGGGCGAGGAGCUCUAUGUCAUCGACGAAAAUAAGUUUGUGUGCAAAGAAGACUACCUAAGCUCAGGGGCUAUCAAGGAAGUCAAUUUGAAUUCAGUGUCAUCAUGCACAGACAGAAGUUUAUCGCCGGACCUCCAGGACCCGAUACAGGACGAUACAAAAGAGACGGACAAUUCCAUGUCCUCGGAUAAGGACAUGAACAAUAACGAGAAUGAGGAGCAGAAUUCGGGCACGAAGCGGCGAGGCCCGCGGACCACCAUCAAAGCCAAGCAGCUGGAGACGCUGAAGGCUGCCUUCGUGGCCACGCCGAAACCCACACGACACAUUCGGGAACAGUUGGCCCAGGAGACGGGACUCAACAUGCGGGUUAUACAGGUGUGGUUCCAGAACCGUCGAUCUAAGGAGAGGAGGAUGAAGCAGCUGAGUGCUCUGGGGGCCCGGCGGCACGCCUUCUUCAGAGGGCCCCGGAGGAUGAGGCCCCUGGGAGGACGACUGGAGGACCCAGACAUACUGGGGCCUGGGGCCUAUGGAUACUACACAGAGUACCAGGGCGACUACUACGGAGGAGGGGGAAACUAUGACUUCUUCCCCCACGGCCCUCCCUCCUCUCAGGCUCAGUCUCCAGCAGAAUCCCCCUAUAUCCAUGGAGGGGCCAUGGAGGGCUCUGUGUCAGCCCACCACCCCUCUGAUGACCAGAGGUUCACGGACAUGAUCUCCCAUGCAGACACCCCCAGCCCUGAGCCCGGCCUGCCCAGCUCCCUGCAGCCCGUCCCUGGGGAGGUGUAUGGAGGGGGGCCCAGCCCACCCUUCUCCCUGGCUAGUAACUCUAGCUACAGCGCCCCCAUGUCCCACCCCGGACAGGAGAUGGGAGAGACCACCGUCUGGUAGACUAGAGGGGGGACUUCUAGAUCUGGGAUCAGGGUUUGGGGGUGGGGUGGGUGUGAACUUCCCAGUCAAUUCAGGAGAUGAAUUUGAAGACGUUAUGAAUGAGUUAUUAUGAAUUGAAAAGUGCCGUUUAUGUAUUUGUUCAUUGGGAUUUUGAAUUGGCUUGCUGAAUUGAUGGAAUGCCCCCCCCCUCGACUCUGAUCCUUCACAUACGUGAAGGACUGAGGAUCCAGGAUGGGGCGGCUUUGCUGGAAAAAUAUGAACUUUGUGGUACUAUUUGCCGCCCCAUUCAGCCCUGGAUUGUAGUAGAAAUACACCCCCACCCACCUCUGGGAACCAUGAACUGGGAUUGAAAAGAAGAAAAAAACAUGCUUAGGCGGUUCCUCUCGCCCCCGUAUCUUCCCCUCUCACUCCGAGAAGCAGUGGAGGUAUCCAUUGCUGGAGACUAAGGACACGUGAUAUUGAAGAGAGAGAUCCAGAAAGAAUACAAGCCAAAAGGGACGUUUGAUGUAUUUUAUUUUUUGGUUUCAGAACUGUCUUGUUUUUUUCAUUCUACUGUUUCUUAAAAAGGCACAAUGUUGUAGGCCUAACUGGCCGGGUUCCUCUUUCUGCGUAAUGUUUGACUCGUUCUCCUAUUGUAAUAUUGCUUCCAAUACAAUGCUCAAACACA